UACCAACUGAAAGUUUGCGAUUAAAUUUUCAGUUUAAGCAUAAUGACGGAAAUAGAGGAUCGUAUUCAGGGUUGGAAUGAUGGAUUUGAAGAAUUGUUAAGUUAUAUACCUGCAAAACUGUAUUAUCGAGAACAAACGACGAACCAAUGGAAGCAAAAGAAGUCGUCUUCUGAAGAAAAAAAGGAACGUCGCAAAAUGAAGUUCUCUUUGGAUGGUUUAAACGACGAAGAGGAAUCUCAAAAAGAAGGAAAGAGACCUCCAAAUUGGAGUGCUGAAAAAGAUAACGGGGAAGAGAAUGAAGAUUCUGAUCGCCGUGCUGAAAGUAUGUCACAGAUACGUGGAAAACUAGCUUCCAAGAUUCAGGACAUGCGAGAAAAGCGCAAAGCUAGCAAUCUGGACCAGAAAAAGCAGAAUAAAAAAGUAUCCACCGAAGAGAAGAAGACUGCUUCCAAGAAGAAGUCCCCCAAAAAUCAAGCUUCGUCUCGUGCUGGUUUUUAGACAAAGUUAGACAUACUAGCAAAGCGUCUUACAAAGGGUAAUAUAGGAUAUUAGGAGUUGUUUACAUUGUUUUUUUUUUUUGGAUUUUUACGUUGCGCUCGGUUUCCGUUUUGGAAAAAGCUGACAUUGCUAUCUGAAUGAGCAGAUAUUUAAUUUUACGUAUAUUUGUUCAUUAGGAAAGGAACAAUAAAAUAUGGUUGAACGG